AUGAUUAAAGGCUAAGCCUAUUUUACUAUUCAUAUUUUUAUGUUAUGCUAGAUUACUCUAUUAUUCUUUGGAGGUGUUAGCUCACAAAGUUCACUUGAAAGACUUUUAGUUGAUCAAAAUGUUUAAUAUAAUAUAAUAGAUAAUUAUAUUUUACAAUUAGAUGGUUAAAGUUCAAUCAAGCUAGAUAUAUUACUAAAUAACACUAAUGUCACGCAAGUUCUAUAAUUCUGUGAAUAAUAAAAAAUUGAAUUAAACAUCUAUAUAGAGAAUGUUUAAAUCUACUAGAAUAGCUAAGGGUUAGCUUUUUUAAAUAAUUGUAAAAAUAGCUAAGUAUAAUUUUUGUCUAUUAAUCAAUUAGCUUUAAAAAAUGUUACUUUGGAUAUAAGUUUGGUAUUACUAUAAAAUUUAAAAUCAAAUUAAGCAAUUCUUGUUUAUCCUUAAGUAUUGAACUUGAUAAUUUAAGAUCUCAAGUCUGAUAGUUUUAGUAUAUUUUAAUCAAAAUUACCACUUUUAGAAAUAGGAAACUAAACAUAAAAUUCAGUCAUACAGCUAAAACAAUUUAUAAUUCCAUAUUUAGAAGAUAAUAAAUAAAAUAUUAGUGAAAAUAGAAAAUAAAUUUCAGAGUCAUUCAAAGAAUUAGAAAAUGGAUAUCAAAGUGAAUAAAGAUCUUUAAUUUUAAUUUCUAAUUAAAAUUAUAAUUAUCCUCAAUUAAACAUUAGCAAUGUCAGUGUUGAUUUUGUUAACAACAAUAUUAGAUUUAUUGAGAUUAUAAAUUAUGGUGCUUAAUUAAUGCUGGAAAACUCAUAAUUUUAUAGAAACAAAGCCCUUUAUAAUGGAGGUGCUAUAUAUUCACAAUCUACUUUUCCAUUAAUAAUAUCUAAUGUUACUUUUGAUUCAUGCUCUAGUGAAUAUUUUGGCGGUGCGGUUAUGGCAUACCAAUUACAAAUAAUAAAUUGCACAUUUAUUAAUUAGAAAAGUAAAAUCGGGGGAGCUGUAUUCACAUCAAGCAAAGACUACUCAAAAAUUACAAACACAAUAUUUAUAAAUAAUAAAGCAACUAUUUGCUCCUAAGAUGUCUUUCAAUGCUAAUGGUUUAAUUAUGAUAAAUAACACAGUACAUGUGAUCUAUUUUAAAUAGAUUCAAUAUUUGAAUAUAACUAGUAGUUACAAUAAACACCCUUAUAUAUAAAACCAAAUAAUUACACUAAAUCAAUAAUUCCUCCAGAAGAUAUAGAUUACUUUCAAAGCACUCUAAUGUAUGGUAUUCUUUAUAUUAUAAAAUUUAAGAUCAACAACUUUAUAGCAAAUAUAACCACUUUUUCUUUAGACCAAUAAAUAGGAAAUUUAUAUUCUUACUUACAUCCUGUUGAUAAAUAGAAUUUUUUCCCACUUAAUAUUCCAAAUAUUACGUAUCCUUAUUUAGUUACAACAUAUUCCAAUAACUUAGAUUGUUCUUCAAGAUCAUUAGUUGAUUUUGUUAUGUUAGAUUAUUUUUAUAACUAAUAACAGAAUUAUAUUAAAGGAUGCUUUAAUGUUUCCCAAUAGUGCGGAAUUGGAAUGAGCCAAACAAAUACUAUUUAUAUGCAAUAAAUUUAUAAAUAGUGUACUUAUUGUAAUACAGGAUAAUUUUCUUAUGAACUAGAAUAUAACUGCUAAAGUUGCAAUUCUUUCUAUUAUUCUUAAUGUUAUGCGUCCACCACUUUCUUAAAUAAUGGAUUUUGGAGAAGUGAAUUUUCUAGUGAUGAAUCAUCUCUUUACUAAUGUAGCUUAAGCCCUUAAAAUUGUUUCAGCUCAAGAAGGGAAGGAAUUGGAAACUCUCUUUGCAAAGAAGGAUAUUUAGGAGAUUAGUGCUUAACAUGUGAUAUAAAUGGAAUAGUCUGGGGUGAUUUCUAUGGUCACAUUUGGAAUAUAUAAAAUCCACAAAAUAUUAUGGAUAAACAGCCUAUAGAUAUAAAUCUUAUAAUUAAAUUAGAUUAAAACGAAAAACUAAAAGGUAAUCUUUACUUAGGAUCUGUUUACGGUGCUGAUAGCAUUAAGUAAAACAACAAAGAAAAAAUAUUUUCAAUUCUAUCAAUUGGUAAUGAACCAGAAAACUAAAUUAAAUUGGAUACAAAAGAAUUUAAUCAUUUGACAUUAGAAAUUUAUGAUCACCCAAAUUUCUAAAUACUUCAUUUUUUUGAAGCAGCUAUAUCCUUUAUAAAAUAAGCGUUAAGUAAAAAUAAUGUGUUAGUCCAUUGCUUUGCAGGUGCCUCAAGAAGUUCUACUAUUAUUAUAGCAUAUUUAAUGAAAGAGCAUUAAAUGACUUUUUAAGAAGCUUUUAAUCUAACUAAAUCAAAAAGAUAGAAAACAAAUCCGAAUUAGGGAUUUUUAGAGUAGUUAAAAUAAUAUGAAAAUAUAAUAAAGUAGCAAAUACAAUGA